GACGGAUCAAACAUUACGAUGGACAGGUAUCGGGAAGUCGUAGAAGAGAAAAAAGCUUUGGAGGCUCUAAUCGCCAGCCUGAGGUUGCAUCUCACUCGACUAACGACCGACUUGUCAUAUCAACAGCAGAUAUUGGGUGAACUCCGCUCUCUGCGCGAGUCGGAUGCGAAAACACUGGCAGAAAAGUCACAGGAGAUAAAUCAGCUCAGGGAAGAGGUGGAGCGUCUGGCUGGGGAGAUAGAAGUUUUAAGGGGGGUGGUGGAAGAGGGCUUACAGGAAAGGCGGUUAGUCAGAGAACAGCUUUCCAUGAGGGCACCCGAUCAACCGAUUGGCGCUCUGAAUCAGCAGCAAGGCGAGCUUGAAAGUCAAAGGGCCGAAGCUGAAGAAGACGACAGUUCUAGUCGACCUCAAAGUCCUGUCAUUCGACGUGCUACGCCAACACCCAGACGAGCGUCGUUUUCCCGAGUGCAUUCCCCCAAUGGAACAAAUAUUAUGAAUAGGCCCCCGAGCAGUUUGUCUUCCUCCCAUGCUGGAUCCUCUCGCCCAUUCGUUGACCCAGAAGAACUGGAUCGUAUCUCCGUGGAACUGGAGGAGCGGAGAUCGGAUCGAUCGUCUUCAUCAUCGCGUACAAAUUCACGGGUCCAGGACCAUUCUGCAGCCCUCGAUGUCGAUCAGCGCAUCACAUCGUCCCGCAGAACCAGUACUAAUGGCAGUGUACGCUCGGGUAACAGGAGCGCCCGCGAAAGUGUGCGGGGGUUUGGAUCAGAGGGCGUUAGUGUACCCGAGCGAGGCGACGAUGUUGAUUUCCUCACUCGUUCAAAGCUGCACCACCAGGACGACGAUAUAGCGCAGCCCCUUCCAGCUGUCCCUGGUAGAAGCGCUCAGCACGAGAAGAUUACUCAGAUUCAGCGGAGUGCGGGAAGUGAUCCAGUCACACCGUUUCCCCGAAUCAGGUCUGGUCACCUUGAGCGUCUCUUCUUCUCCGCUCCCGAGCACAACGCAAAAACAUGUACAGUUUGUCAUAGGCGUCGUCGGCCGCUUUCCGGUCCAAAGUCGUCAUUUGAACCCCGGCCUCCUAAGGCCCAUGUUGAAGUGGAAGAUAACGACGAAGGAUUUCAUGAGGGGUCUGAAAGCGAUGCACACCAACAUGGUGACACCGGUGUUGGUGCAAAAGACAAAGGUAAACAACUUGAACACGACGCCCUCCAGUCUUAUGGUUCCUACGAAGAAUUAUGUUCAAGAGAUGCCCUUCCUCCCCAAACCGUCCUUUCCAGGGUAUUGAGGGAGUUAGAAGACGAUUUCGCGCACUAUAAAAGCAUCUAUGUUGAGUUAGCAGAUCAAUAUCGUCUAAUGGAUGCUGUAUCAAAUGUCCCGAAAAGAAACACCUUGGCGGAACAUCUCAGAGAAGUGAUUGAUAUUUUGGAACGCAAGGGCGAUCAAAUCGCGUCUUUGUAUGAUCUUCUUGCAUUUAAGGAUAAACCAGUAGCAGCCGGCGCUGGAAAGACCCACAAUCACCCCCGUCAAGGCACA